CGAGCAGCAUGGCGGUCUCCGCGGUGAGGGUGGCCGUUGCUACCGGGGCGUCGUUCGCCGUGCAUUUGUUCGUCAAGUCGUUCCUGCAGGCGCAGCAUCCUGCAGUCACCUUGCUGCUGCCGGUGGCCGUGUUCGUCGGCAUCGCGGUGGCAGCGAAGAGCGGCGGCGGUGGCGGGAAGAUGCCGCCGGGGCCCGCGGCCGUGCCGGUGUUCGGCAACUGGCUGCAGGUCGGGAAUGACCUGAACCACCGGUUCCUCGCGGCGAUGUCGGCGCGGUACGGUCCGGUGUUCAGGCUGCGCCUCGGCGUGCGCAACCUGGUGGUGGUGUCGGACCCGAAGCUGGCGACGGAGGUGCUGCACACGCAGGGGGUGGAGUUCGGCUCCCGCCCGCGCAACGUCGUCUUCGACAUCUUCACCGCCAACGGCGCCGACAUGGUGUUCACCGAGUACGGCGACCACUGGCGCCGCAUGCGCCGCGUCAUGACGCUGCCGUUCUUCACGGCGCGCGUCGUGCAGCAGUACAAGGCCAUGUGGGAAGCCGAGAUGGACGCCGUCGUGGACGACGUGCGCGGCGACGCCGUGGCGCAGGGCCCGGGCUUCGUGGUGCGCCGCCGCCUGCAGCUCAUGCUGUACAACAUCAUGUACCGGAUGAUGUUCGACGCGCGGUUCGAGUCGGUGGACGACCCCAUGUUCAUCGAGGCCACCAGGUUCAACUCCGAGCGCAGCCGCCUCGCGCAGAGCUUCGAGUACAACUAUGGCGACUUCAUCCCCAUCCUCCGCCCAUUCCUGCGUGGCUACCUCAACAAGUGUCGCGAUCUCCAGAGCAGGAGGCUCGCCUUCUUCAACAACAACUACGUCGAGAAGAGAAGGAAGGUGAUGGACACGCCGGGAGACAGGAACAAGCUCCGGUGCGCGAUCGACCACAUUCUGGAGGCCGAGAAGAACGGCGAGCUCACGGCGGAGAACGUGAUCUACAUCGUGGAGAACAUCAACGUGGCCGCCAUCGAGACGACGCUCUGGUCCAUCGAGUGGGCGCUGGCGGAGGUCGUGAACCACCCGGCGGUGCAGCGCAAGGUCCGCGCGGAGAUCAAGGAGGUGCUCAGCGACGAGGAGCCCAUCACCGAGUCGAACAUCCACAAGCUGGCGUACCUGCAGGCGGUGAUCAAGGAGACGCUGCGGCUGCACUCCCCGAUCCCGCUGCUGGUGCCCCACAUGAACCUGGAGGAGGCCAAGCUGGGCGGGUACACCAUCCCCAAGGGGUCCAAGGUGGUGGUGAACGCGUGGUGGCUGGCCAACAACCCGGAGCUGUGGGAGACGCCCGAGGAGUUCCGGCCGGAGCGGUUCUUGGAGAAGGAGAGCAGCGUGGACGCCACCGUCGGCGGCAAGGUGGACUUCCGGUUCCUGCCCUUCGGCGUGGGCCGCCGUAGCUGCCCCGGGAUCAUCCUGGCGCUGCCCAUCCUCUCGCUCAUCGUCGGGAAGCUGGUGAGGAGCUUCGAGAUGGUGCCGCCGCCGGGCGCGGAGAAGCUGGACGUGAGCGAGAAAGGAGGGCAGUUCAGCCUGCACAUCGCCAACCACUCUGUCAUCGCCUUCCACCCCAUCUCUGCCUGAACAGCUCUCCUCAUCGGAGCCACUUUGAAUUAAGAUCGUGUUAGCUUAUUAAGAGUUUAAGACAAUGCAAUAGUGGAAUGUCAUUAACUUAUUUCUUAAAAUUUCAGGAGAAUACGUUAUAAAAUAAAAUAUUUU